UCAUGAUGGCUGCACCACCUCCAAGCUUCCAGGAUACUAUACACGCAGCUGCGACGGUGACGCAGGCCGCGAACGCCGCGUACAUGACGCCAGGCAUGCAGCAACAACAGCAGCAGCAGCCUAUGGGCAAGCCUAGCAUCUCGCUACGGUUCGAUCCCAGCUACGUCAGGACCACCUCCGGAAUGCUCAAGGUGCUCGAAGUGGUGAAUAACAUUAUAGGCAUGAUCUGCAUCAUGGUAUCAUCGUGCAGUUGGUGUUCUAACAGCAACUGGUUCAACUUCGUCGCUUCGACGGGACUCACCGUCACUCUUUUACUGUUGGUUUUCUAUUUUUUCCACAUCAUUGAAAAACUGAAGUUCGUCCCUUGGCUCGCAAUCGAACUUCUGUACGGGGCCACAUGGACCCUCUUUUACAUGAUCGCAGCUUUAGUAGUUGCUGUCAAAGGUGGUAGAGAUGACGCUUGGGCUGCAGCCGGGUUCUUCGGAUUCGUGGGUGCCAUCUUGUAUGCGGCAGAUUGCUACAAUAAGUACAAGUGCUGGAGGGAUGGCAUUCCAGCACAGGGAGAGAAGCCUCUGAACCCGAUGGGCAUGCCCGUCUCCCCCAACAGCCCCAACUAUGCUGCCUAUUGAAUGCCUCGGACCCUCAAUGCUCGCUGACGGUUCGAGGACUUCAGCAACGUUUACCAGCUACCCCAAGAAAUUUGGAAGAAGAAGAAGAAAAGUAAAGAUCAUAUAAUAACGCGGGUUGCAUGUUACAAUUACGUGCUCGUCGUAAAGUUCAAUAACUUCGUUGUAAAGGAUAACCAGCGGAGGACUACUUAGAAAUGGUUAAAGCCCACCAUAUAGACGGCGGUUACAGUUCGAUGCAUCUCUCAGUAAAAAAAAAAAAAAAAAACUGUGCAUGGGCAAGCUUCUUGUGUAGGCAUUCUCCAUCCCAAACCUUCGAUUCUGCUCUAUUUUUGCGUGUAAUAUAAGUGAUUAAAUGACUGUGCAGCUUUAGAAUUUUAGCUCAGCAAAUUCCUCAAACCGUUUACGUUGUGUGUAGCCCUGUGCUGCCAUCUACUAGUGAUAGAAGGAACUAUAUAUGUUCCCCGAUGGAAGAUGACUGAAAGAAAUUGAAGGAGGCUCUGUUUCCUUAAAACUGUGCAUGCGCAAAUUCGAGAUGAGUUUAGAGCCACUUAAUUUCUGGCUGUUGAAUAUUAUGUUCCACUGACAUAGCAAAUAAACUGAACUUUUCAGCAAUUUAAUUUUCAAAAUCACGAUUGAUAGCGCAGUGCACUGGGAAUAUUUAUCAUUACGAUAAUCUUUGCAGGUGAUUUCUUUAGCUUCUUUUAUUUCAAAGCACAUUAUAGAAUAGCAUGGAAAUGAGAAAAAAAGACUGUAAGAUAAAGUUCUUUCAGGGUAAUAUCAUCCGCUGAAAACUUGAAAAAUCUAUUAUGAAUCUUAUCCAAAUGGAAUGCUUAGGCGAAGUAUACCAUCAUUUUACCACAAAACACAACUAAAAGAGCACAUUUAUUGUAACAAACGUACUUAGGAAAAUUAAAUAGUAUAUAAAUGAACUUAAAAUAUUUCCACUUCAUUCGCUCCGGUUGUUUAAAAGGUAUAAGAAUAACAUCUGAUUGGUAGGACUGAUCUUUUCUUUGGCUGACCCCUUGUUCAUUGACAGCAAAUGCCCAUUACCUUCUAUACUUGACUAGAAAUCAGAAAUAUCAUGAAAUAGAUUUUCUUUUUGGAACAACUUAUUUCAGCAAGAUUUUAAAAUGCUGGUUCAUCAAUUUUUAUCAUUAAUAUGGGUGUAUUUCACUAUACGUGCUAUAUAUACUUUAUACUAUAUCUACCCAUUCUAGUGCACCAGAAGCAAAUGUAAAAUAAGAACAUAAAAUUAUGCAACAACGACUUUUUUAAAUAAUGCAAUACAUCAGGGUGGUGCAUUUCUUCUAGCGUGUCAAGAAAUAUAAUUUUAAAUGUUGAAACACACAUUUUUUUUCCCCCGUAGAAGAUAUAUAAAAGUAACAUCAUACAGUUAUAAGGAAUAAAAUGCUUGUAACACACUUAAGAGUUUAUGACAAUUGUCAAAUACAGAGUCACAGUAUCACCUUUAAUACUCUCGAUUUGUGGUCUGUGAAAUUAUUGCACUAUUUUAUGUCUACGUUUCUGCUAACAAAGUUUAUACCUAAAAUAUCUAUAGAUAAGAUCUAAAGAUAUUAAGGUAUAAAAGUAUCUGCUACAAAAACUUAUUGUUUAAAUCAUGAAUGACUAUUCAUUUGUUAGGAUAUGCAAAUCAUAUCUUGGUGCAGAUUAAUUACAUCACACAGAAAACUCCGAUCUUCUAAGCUAGAAAAUCAAUACAAGUAUUACAGAAAAAAACGGUUACAAUUUAUUCUCAGAAACAUUUCUAAUAUUGCCCAAAUCUUUUAAAAAAAAGUACUCAAAAUAUUUAAUGAAACACUCAUCAGAAUAUCAGGAGACGAUAACUCCCCCCAUUCCUUUUAUAUUUUGAUAGCAUUUAAGAAUAAAUUAGCAACUGCAGCAUUUUUCUUUACAUUAGCUUUUUUUUUUAUAUUACUACUAAUUUUAUAAUUAUUUUUGUUUCUGCUUUGAGAAAUAUUUAAGUGAUAUAUUAAACUUCAAACUGAAAAUAGUAGCAGUUUUUGAUAGGACCCCAAAAAAAAAAAAAAAAAAAAAAAAAAAAAAAAAAAAAUGAAAUUUUCUGGAAGUAUGCAAAUCUGACAAAAAUUAAAUGUAGACUUAGGAUUACAUAAAGAGAAUUUAAUAAAUAGGCAGGUUUUUUUUUUUUCCCCGUUUAUAAGUUCUUUUCUAAAUGCAUUUAUUUUUUAAAUCAAAUCCUUUCAUUUACCUUAAUUAAUUUUGCUACCCUUCCAAAAGUGUCAUUCCAAACUAAAAUAUAUAUAUAUAUAUAAAUAAAAAAAGAAAGAUAAGCGGCUUGUAUAGACUUAAUUAAAAUGUUAAUCCAGUAUUUUUAAAUGUUGAAGAUCUAUAUUUUUUUCCAGUUUUUGGAUCUAAUUAUGUAAUUGGGAGUCAGUAAGAUUUUUACCAAACAAUUGUUGAAUAUACUAAAAGAAUAAAUAUUUAUUCUUCAUGAUUAAAAUUUUUUAAAUAAAUUCUUGCGCAUAUGGAAAAGACACACACCAACGUAAAAUAUAAAAAUCCCAAAAUAAACGACCUUAGAUUGGCGUAGGUUUUAGACCAAGUUUUAUUGACUUCCAGAACUAGUGUAUCUUGGUUUUAGAAGAGAAAAGACCUACUAUUAAUCGCCCUCAAAAUCGAAAAGAGAUCUGAAUAAAAUCUAAGCGAAAUUCAGGUUGUCAUGUAUUUAAUUUUCUAAAACGUUUACAUAUUGUUAUAAAUGCACAGAAUUUUUAAUUCUGUGUAUUUACCAUAUUACAUAUUUAAAUUUUAACUAUAUUACCUCUUCUACUGUAGCAACAAAAUGUUGUUCGUAAUAAUUAUUGCACCACCCUACCUAAAACAAAAUUCAUACUAUAAAUCGUAAUAGAAGAAAAACAUAAGAAGAGUUACACAACCAAUGAAUAAAAUAAUAGUUUAAAAAAUGGUUUGUAAUUUUUCGAAUAUUUAUUUUCAAACAAGUAAUUGUUCAAACAUUUGACUGAUUCUGAUAAGAGUAUUUAAAAUAUGAUUUUUUCCGUAAAUAAGAACUGUUAUGUUUCAUAGUAAUGCAAUCAUUUACAAGAUAAAUUUAGUUGUACUAUGCUUUAUGAACUAUGAAUAUCUCGAAUAUUUCUGCUCCUAAUGUAUGUUCUAUGAAACGAACGAUGUAUGAUAUUUCAAAGUGUAAAUGUAACAUAGCCCUUAACUGUUUUAUAGAACUAGAAUGUAAAGCUAUGUUUUAAAAGAAUAAAUAAAUAAUAUAAAAUAUAAUGUAAUAAAUGACUUGAAUGUUAAGCAUAUUCUGGGACCACAAUUAGUGGUUAGAUAUAUCAUUUACAGUGGGUCAAAUGUUUAGAGAUUGCAAAUUGUGAUUUCUGUAAAAGCUAUUGUAUGGAUUCUUGAUAACAGCAAUAGCACUCAUUAUAAUUUACUUAUCGUCCGAUGUGUUAAUUUGAUUGAUUUGCAAAGCUAAUCACCUUCAAAAUUAUCACGAAAUACAUGUCAUAAAUUAAAUGCUAUUCAAAUUCAAGUAAUGGUAUAAAAAUUAAAUUAAGUGAAUUAGAACGUAUACUUCAUUACCAUUUACUACAUUUUAUGAAUGAAGGAUAUUUUAAAUCAUGUUUGCGAUUUCUCUGUGAAUUAGUGUAUUUGUUAAAAAAAUUCUUUACCUCACCUUUAAAGCAAAUUUCUAGUAAGUUAUUAAUUACAAAAUUGCAUAAAUAGCUUUCUUAUAUUUUUGAAAAAUAUGCAGCAGUAAAAAACCGUAACAUUUAUUGACAUAUCAAAUAACACUCAACUCACUUUACAGCAAAUGUUUACAACAAUAGGAAACAUUUGUUCGUCAGUUUUCGGGGUGGAAUGAACUGUUAGAAUUUUGAAUUUAAUUUAAUACUGUUUUGAAGCUUAAGACGAUGAAUCCUUUCCACACACUCAUAAGCGUACUUAAUAUAUUUUUUCAUCGUACGAUUUCUGUAAAAAUUGAACAAUUUCAUUAGAAAAAAACCCUGAUCAUUAAUACACAGAAUUAAGUGUUUUGUGAAAUCUAUAUGCAAUUUUACUAGAAGUUUAUUAAUUUCUAAGAGAAAGUUCCAAAUAUUUUCAAGAUUUUCCAGUGACAUAACUGACAGUUCAUUUAAUAAUUCUUGACCUAACCCCAAGUAUCUUCUAUUUUAUCAAUAUAAAAUUAACUUUGAGAUGAGCUGAAAUUGCUCAUGAGCGGAGAAAUUGACCUUCCUUAUUUAAUUUCCUAAUAAAUCAAUCUGUUCGGUAAAUCUAUUGUUUUUUAACAUUUUAUAAAUACCAAUAUCACAAAAAGAGGUCCGAGUCAGAGGAUUGAAGUUGAAUAAUUAAAUUAAUCCGAGUAACUGAUAAAGACUCUUCGAGUUUAUGUCCAUGUUUUUGGAUCAGAAAAAUCUCAAACGUGACAGCCGUUAUUUUCUAUCUAAUAUCACGCAAAACCUGUUUUUUAAUUUCUUGAAAUCGUUCCCCAGUUGCUGCUCAAUGGAUUACUUCAGUGACUUUAAGCUCAUCUUAAGAAUCCCUAAGUUCAUCUUAUGAAUGUGCUUUGAGGAAAAAAUAACUGCCUGAUACAAUUCCAUAGAAAAUUAUCCGAACUCAAUGAUAUGGAGGAGAAUGAUGUGGCAAAACAAGAUAGGAACAGAUCAAAAACCUUUCCUCAUGUCCAAAGUAUGCCCUCACAGAUGCAAAAUUUUCACUUCUAGUUUAGAGUACAGUUCUAUCGUUGGUAUGUGAAAAGAUAUUACGUUAAUAGUGUUUUUUAAAUAAUAUUUAGGAUCUGUAGCUGUAUCAUUUGUAGACCGUAGAAUAUCAGAACAGGCAUUCGGUUAUUCGAAAAAUACGAGUAUUUGUUCUCCCUUCUUUCCCUACAAGUUUAUUAUAUUACUACGGUAAUUUCAUUCCUUCAUUUUUCAUAUUUUAUUUCAAUAAAUACUGCAUUUAAAACUUACUUUAAAAAAUUAUGUAAGUAUAAAAGUUUAAAAACUAUACUUCUCUGCGAAUAAUAACAUAAUUUAAUAUUUGCCUAAACACACAACGACUUAUUUCUAUUUCAAUAAAAUAAUGAAAAUAAUUUCCGUUUACGAAAGAUAUAGAGCCAAAAUAUAACCUUACUUUAAUGUCCUAAAAUUAGGUAAAUAUUUGUUAUUGAUUAGCAUACAGUAGAAUGUAUAUAUUUUAUUUCUAUUUACUUAAAUGUCAAAUAAAAAUUUUAUGUCUCAUUAACCUGAAUUGCCAUUAAAACAGACGUACACUUUUCGUAAGGCGCUUUUAUUCUAUUUUAAUUAAAAAAAAAAAAAAAUUAUACCAAACCACACAUCGUAUAGUGUUAGAAACAUCUUUCAGUAAACAAACUAUUAGCGCAAGAGCUUAUAAAAAUUACCAGUGAUAUAUAUUACAAAUCGCAUGUACAACUUGUAUAUGCUUUAUACAUUUACUUUUUUACUUUUAUACGUAUUUGUUAAGAAUUUAAAUUUGUUUAAAUUUAAAUUUCAUUCCUUGCAGCAAUGGCGCAAAGAAUAUUUAAUUAAAUAUGUAUUUAAAUUUAAUUUUUUAAAUUAAACUCAAUUUAUUCUUAUGAAACAAUUAUUCUGAUUAGAGAUAUUAUAAAAAAAAAUUUUUUUAAAGUUAAUGUAGGAGUUACGAAAAACUACAUCUAAAUUGCUAAAAAUUCUUUAAUACAGUUGUAAUUAGGAAGAUAACAAUUUCGUGUUUCGUCGAAUGACAACACUGUGGAAACUCGUUAUUGGCCAGAUAGUGUGAAACAUAAAUUGCCGAUAUUAUAUCUUGUCAAUACCCAGUAACAUGGAAGAUAAAUUGCAGAGUGAUAGACUACAGGUAAAGAAUUGUAAUAUUAAAAAAUUGGAGAAUAGUCCGCUAAAGGCAUAUGUAACUUGAAAACAUAUAAGCACAUUAAUAACAUUUUAUUUAGUCUCAUUUCAUUCAGAGAACUUGAAUUCUAACACAUGGGAUAUGUCUGACAUAGUACUGCAGCUCAUCGCAGGCCAUAAUUAAAAAUCUGUAUGUUGCAAAGCAUUUUUUCAAAAAAUAAUAAUAAUUCAGAUUGAAUUCAAAUUCAUGCACUUGUAGCUUUGAUUUCGCGAAAUAACACAUCGGAAAAUAUAACUGACCAGAAAUAGGCUUAAUAUCAACUUGCCCACCGUUAAUACAUCUUUCUUUAACUUUGCUGUUCGUAACUUAGAACACUGGUGCUUACGUAAGGACAGUUCUUGCUGUGUAAGGAUCUCACGUUCGUGUUAACGAAUUUUAUCUGAAGUAACGGAACCUAGCGGCAAUAACAAUCAUUUAUGCCUCGUAUGUAUUAUAUGUAAUUUGUGUGGAAAUUUUAUUGCCUUUAUAAGAAAUAAAACUGGGCAAAAAAUUUGGGUGUAUAGUCGUGAAUGUAGAUUUACUGAGUACUGAACAUUUCUUAUCCACCUUACGUACUGUAGAAUUUAAAAUUCUGUAGAUAUGUUCAUAUAGAUACCUUUUUUUCAUUAAUUUGAUAUCUUGUUAUAUAUAUAUGCCUUUUAUGAGUCUUCCAGUCUUUUUUGGUGAAUCCCAAGUCGUUUUAAACCAAUGAACUUAGUGCAUACUGAGUUUAUAAAGUAGAUAUUUUUGUUUUUUAAUGUUAUUAUCAAUUUUUGUUUAAAUUUCUAAACCUCCUUUCUUUUUACGGUUCAGCUACUUGAAGAAAACUAACUCGAGAUAAAAAUAAUUUAAAGAAAAUUUAGGCAUUUUUUGGCCAGAAUUCUAUAAAUGUUAGUUUCACACGGCAAAAUAAUAAUACUAAUAAUGAUGAUGAUGAUUUUAUGCAUACUUUAACAUCCCAAUCAUUAAAGAUUAAUUCGCUGAGCUUUUAUAAUUUUUUUUUCGAAAAUCAGUAUGCAUUGGGUACAUUUAAAUUGCUGAAUAAUUUAUUAAAUUAUCUUUUCCUUUUUAUGUUUUCCUCUGCCUGCAAAAAAUCAUUACCGUAAUUAAAAUAACUCGAGGUAUGUAUUACGAUAAAUGAAACUGUAAUUUAAUGUAUAAAACGCAAUAAAAAGUAAUUCAAUAAAA